ACCUAGCGGGCAGAUCCGCGCGGAGUCUGCAACUUCCCGCGGGCACCCAAUCCCCACCUCCCUGCCUUCCAAGCCGACCUUUCCCGUAGUAAAGAGUCUCCCGUCUCGUGAUCCCUCCAUCCGACCUAGGCCUCCUCAUAACCAGCUCUCCGGAAGAACAGCCAAGGGUCCCGCGGGGGUCCGCGGGCCUCUUCCCUACAGCCGGGCACCGUCGCCCACAACAGCGUCUUGGCGCCACGCAGAGACCCCCCUCGGAUCUCCCCAUCCUUCUCACCUCUCACACCCUCCCGCUCCGGCUGCACUAGCUCCGAGAACGGCAAGCAGACCGCCAGAAGCCUGGAGGUUCCGGAUCGUCUCCCACAGAAAGCCGAACAUUGGGAAGCACCUGCGAGGCAGAGUCCCAGGCUGGCAAGAGAAGUGGGCGUGGUCGCUGGGACAGCCCUCUGAAAUGGGUGGUGCUUCGAGGCUCAGGGGACGUGGCCUCCUGGGCAGCAUCCAAAGCGUCUGGCCUCUGUCUCUUCAGUGCAAAUGGAAGUGCAGCACGUCCAGGAGUGUGACCGCUGCCAUCUCCCUGGUGCACGUGCAUCGCAGUGGUUACCAUGUGAAUAAGUCAAAUGCAGUCUUCAAGCUGAAACAAGGAAAAGAAACCGUGGAUAUUGGAAGUGGAAUUUCCAUACCGGAAUUACCCGGGAAUGGAGAACUCACAAAACACCAGCAAACUCCAGCCAGAGAGAAAAUCCAUAAAUGCAACGACUGUGGAAAGUCCUUCUGCCAGAAGUCUAUCCUCGUAAUACAUCAGCAUAUUCAUUCAAGACAAACCAGGGAAUGCGGGGAAUCUGGCUCUAGAAAUGGAGGCCGCACAGUACAACAGAAAACUCCCACCAGAGAGGAAACCUAUGAAUGUAAAGAGUGUAAAAAAACUUUCUAUCACCUGUCAUCUCUUAGUAGACACUUGAGGACUCAUGCAGGGGAGAAACCCUACGAAUGUAAUCAGUGUGAGAAAUCCUUCUGCCAGAAGCCACACCUUGUAGAACAUCAGAAAACACACACAGGAGAGAAACCCUUGGAGUGUAAUGAAUGUGGGAAGUUCUUCUAUGUUAAGGCAUACCUCAUGGUACAUCAGAAAACACACACAGGGGAGAAACCAUAUGAAUGUAAGGAAUGUAGGAAAUCCUUUUCCCAGAAAUCACACCUCACAGUACAUCAGAGAACACAUACGGGGGAGAAACCUUACAAAUGUAAGGAAUGUGGGAAAUUCUUUUCUAGAAAUCCACACCUCAAAACUCAUCAGAGAACUCACACAGGAGAGAAACCCUAUGGAUGUAAGGAAUGUGGGAAAUGCUUCUACCAGAAGUCAGCCCUCAAAGUACAUCAGCGAACUCACACAGGGGAGAAACCCUUUGAAUGUAAUAAAUGUGGAAAAAACUGUUACUAUAAACCAGACCUCACUAAACAUCAGAGAAAACACACAGGGGAGAAGCCCUACGAAUGUCAUGAAUGUGGUAAAUCUUUCUCCGUGAAUUCAGUCCUCAGAUUACAUCAAAGGACGCACACAGGAGAGAAACCCUAUGAAUGUAAAAUACUAUGUAUUGGGAACUUCUUUGGGAAUUCAUCCUUUAGAAUAAUUGGAUAA